CGGGGGGCGCCACUGCUGAGCCUCCGGGUGCCGGUCUCGGGUCGCCCAGCUCUCAGCCCCGUGCGGUCCGCUCCCGCGUCUGCGUCCGCAAGGCCGGGGUGCAGCCCGGCCGCGGUGCUUUAACGCCUGCUGGGGGCCGGGAGCUGAAAGGGGUGGGCAUGGCCAGCGUCCCGCAGCUGUUGGACGACCUGUGCGAGGCCCUCCUGCCAGCCGCGAAGGUUCCCCUGGGCCAGCGCGGCGUGAGCCGGCAGAGGGCAAAGCAGAGCCUCAAGAGGGUGGCCUACAAUGCCCUCUUCACGGGCCUUUUUCAAGACGAGACUCGCAGACUGCAGCCUGAUCUCGCGAAGCUCCCGGUGAAGAACAAGGUCCUCAUGCUGUCCUUCGACUUGAGAGUGGGCGGUCUGGGCCCCGAGGCUGACCGUCUGGAGGAGCUGGUGGAGGAGCUCCUCGAGGCCCCUUGCGGUCCGCUGGUGGAGGUGGGGUCUGUUUUGGACCUCCUGGUGCAGCUGGCAGGGAGCGGCCCCCCUCAGGUGCUGCGGCGCAAGAGGGACUACUUCUGGAACAACAGGCACGUGGGGCGAAACGUGCCCUACGGCGGCUACGACUUCUACGACCUGAGUGUGUUUGAGUUGGACGUCCAGUCUUUGAUCUCCAGGGAGGAGUACUUAUGUCAGGACAUGAUCCAGAAGGCGCUUCAGGUGAUGGAGGCGGCCCCAGGCACUGGCCUGCCCACCACGGGGCUCUUCUCAUAUGGGGAUCCUUGGAGUGACAGGUUUGAGAGAGACACCCGGGUCUCGCUUUUUGGCGCCCUCGUGCACAGCCGCACAUAUGACAUGGACGUGCGGCUGGACCUGCCCCCGGUGCCCGACAGUGCAGACCUCUCUGGAUUGGCCAUUAAGGUUCCUCAGAGUGUGGAUCAGUCUGACGAUGAAGGGUUCCAGUCGGCAUCUAAUUUGACUCCUGACUCCCAGUCUGAACCAGGCAUGACUCCAGACAUGGACCUGUGGGAUGCUGUGCUCACCUACGAGGCCAGCAAGCGGAGGUGCUGGGAGCAAGUUGGAUGCCCCCCCGGCCACAGAGAGGAGCCGUACCUCACCGAGGCCGGAAGGGACACCUUCGACAGGUUCUGCAGGCUCCGCCACGGGGAGCUGCAGGUGCUUGGCGGGGGCCUGCUACAGGCCCCACCGCUUGUCCUGGUGAAGGAGUGCGAGCUGGUGAAGGAUGCACUGAAUGUCCUCAUCGGGGUCGCGUCGGCCACGUUUUCCCUCUGCCAGCCGGCCCAGACCUUCAUGGUGAAGCGAGGUGUCCAUGUGUCCGGAGCCUCUCCCGAGAGCGUCAGCAGCCUCCUCUCCGAGGUGGCCGAGUGUGGGACGCACUACGCACGUCUGAGCCAGUUCUCUCUGCAGCCUGUGCUGGACUCCUCGUGCGGCAAGGGCCUCGUGUUCCAGGCCUUCACCAGCGGCCUGAGGAGGUACCUGCAGUACUAUCGGGCCUGCGUCCUCUCCACCCCACCCACCCUGAGCCUCCUCACCAUUGGCUUUCUCUUCAAGAAACUGGGGCGGCAGCUCAGGUACCUGGCCGAGCUCUGUGGCGUGGGCGCUGCGCUCCCAGGUAGCGGUGGCGGGGAACCCAAGGCCGCCUUCCCCACCGGGGUGAAGCUACUCUCCUGCCUGUACCAGGAAGCUCUGGACAAUUGCAGCAACGAGCACUACCCCGUGCUGCUGUCCCUGCUGAAGACCAGCUGCGAGCCCUACACGAGGUUCAUCCACGACUGGGUGUACAGCGGCGUCUUCAGAGAUGUCUGCGGCGAGUUCAUGAUCCAGGUGAACCACGAGUACUUGGGCUUCAGAGAUAAGUUUUACUGGACCCAUGGCUACGUGCUCAUUUCCAAAGAGGUGGAGGACUGCGUCCCCGUGUUCUUGAAGCACAUUGCCCAUGAUGUGUACGUCUGCGGGAAGACCAUCAACUUGCUGAAAGUCUGCUGCCCCCGGCACUACCUCUGCUGGUCUGAUGUCCCCGUGCCUCGGAUCUCGGUGAUUUUCUCCCCUGAGGAGUUGAAGGAGGUCGAGAGGGACUGUGCCAUCUACGUGGGGCGGAUGGAGAGGGUGGCACGCCACAGCUGCAUCAGCAAGGAGGAGAAGGAAUUACGAAUGGAAAUUGCAAAGCAAGAAUUGAUUGUCCAGGCUCGGGAAGCAGCGUCCAGAGUCCUGCGAGCGCUCAGUGAUCGGCAGACCUCGGAACGCAUGGCCUUGGACGCCCAGAAGCGAGAGCAGUUUCAGAGGCUGAAGGAGCAGUUUGUGCAGGACCAGGAGCGGCGCCGUGCAGCCCGGCAGGAGGCCCUGGAUGACGACGCCGGCCGAGCGCGAGAGCUCCGCGACAGGGAGAGGCGGCUGAUGGCCCUGGAGGAGCAGCUGGAGAGGAAGGCGAGGCAGGCGCUGGUUGACCAUUAUAGCAAGUUGUCGGCAGAAGCCGCUCGCCGAGAGCAGAAGGCACUGUGGAAGAUCCAGAGGCGCCGGCUGGCAAGCGCGCGGCUUCGUUUCCUCGUGGAGGAUCAGGAGCACAUUCAGGGGAUGCUGAAGGACGUGUCCGAGGGGAAGGCCCUGGAGCCACUGGCCGUCCUCCCUGUUGCUGGCUCCCAGACUUUGUCUUUGGGCCGUGAGCACCCCGCCAGUGGCAGCAGCUCCGACUCCGGGUGUGCAGAGCCGCGGCAUGUGGCUGCCUGGGACUGCCCGAACACGGGGAUGCCGGAGCAAGUCAGGCCGCCAGCUGCAGGGGCCUGCGGCUCGGGGCCGGGAGCUGAGCCGCAGCCGGGGCCGGGGGCCGGGCCAGGGCCGUUCUCCGAGGGCCUCAGCAUCCAAGACUUCCUGCCCAGAGCCCGGGAGGCUGAGCUGCCUGCGCAUGCUGGCGUGGCCCCUGUCCUGGAGGAGGCGUUACAAACCAUCGGCUCCGACCCGCCUCCCUCAGCUCCAUCCGAUGUGGUGGCCACAGGGCCUGCUGGGCCACAGGAGUAUGAUUUCAGAACCAUCCUGAGGCCCGCUGUGGCCCCCUUGGCUUCCCCAGGAUCCCUGCAGACUGUAGGAGUUGGCUCGAGCAAUGAGGGGCAGCAGCUGUGGCGGGACAGUGUCACACAGCCAGAGGACACAGGUGUCCCAGAUAGGCACGUGGCUCUGCCUCACCCCCACCAUACUGGGCACACCGUCCCCCAGGAAGGGAGCAGUCAGGCCAUGGGGCAGCUCCUUGAGCAUGUGUCAGAGGGCAGCAUUCCCAAAGGCGGCUGUACUUCUGGGAUGGCCCCCUCUCGACCACGGUGGAACGUCCACGGACACGUGUCUGACGCCAGCAUCAAGGUGGGGGAGAACGUGUGGGAUGUGGCCCCCUCCAGACCGCGGUGGAAUGUCCACGGACACGUGUCUGACGCCAGCAUCAAGGUGGGGGAGAACGUGUGGGAUGUGGCCCCCUCCCGACCGCGGUGGAAUGUCCACGGACACGUGUCUCAGUCCCACGUGGCGCUGAGUGUACUCUCUGGGGAAGGCCAGCCUGAUAUGCCCAGGCCCUGCCAGAGCCUCACUGACCAGGUGUUCCGGUCGGGCCUCAGUCUGGGAGCACAGAGUCCUGUCUGUGAGCACGAGCCACGACUGCCUGCAGAGACGGCUGGUUCCAGUGGUGGGGAGCCACAUGGCCUCCAGGCUUCGCCGUCUGCAGUGGCUGCAUCUGGGGACCUGGGUGAUGGUAUCCCUGAAGAGCCAGGACCGGGACCGAGUAGGGACACGGAGGACCUCUCUCCAAGUCACCCUCCAAGCUCACAGGAUGACGUGGCGGCCCAGAGCAGCCCCGGCCUUGGUGAGGAGGUGGCCGCGGCCCAGCGCUGGGGCCAGGAGCAGGCCUACCUAGCGGGUCUGGCAGAGCAGUACGGGCUGGAGCAGUACCCGGACAGCUACGAGGCCAUGUCAGAGCCUCCUGUUGCCCGCCUGCUACACCAUGGGCUUCCCCAGGCCUUUGCCCUCCCAGAGGACCCCCGCGUCCCAUCGGACGCAGACGAGACCGCGGUGCAGCUGAGCGAGCUCCUGCCGCUGCCCGUGCUCAUGAAGCACUCCAUCAGCGCCCCGCUGGCAGCGCACAUCUCGUUGGUGAACAAGGCCGCCGUGGACUACUUCUUCGUGGAGCUGCAGCUGGAGGCGCACUUCGAGGCGCUGCGCCAUUUCCUGCUUAUGGAGGACGGCGAGUUCGCACAGUCGCUCAGCGACCUGCUCUUUGAGAAGCUGGGGGCGGGCCAGACGCCUGGGGAGCUGCUCAACCCGCUGGUGCUCAACUCCGUGCUCAGCAAGGCCCUGCGGUACAGCCUGCACGGCGACACGCCGCACGCCGCCAACCUCUCCUUCGCCCUCAAGUUCCUGCCCGAGGCCUUUGCCCCCAAUGCGCCCGACGUGCUGAGCUGCCUGGAGCUCAGGUACAAGGUCGACUGGCCCCUGAACGUGGUGCUCACCGAGGGCUGCCUGAGCAGGUACAGCGGCAUCUUCUCCUUCCUGCUGCAGCUCAAGCUCAUGAUGUGGACGCUCAAGGACGUCUGCUUCCACUUGAAGCGCGCAGCUCUGGUGAGCCGCGCGGCCGGCUCCGUGCAGUUCCGCCAGCUGCAGCUCUUCAAGCACGAGAUGCAGCACUUUGUCAAGGUCACGCAGGGCUACAUCGCCAACCAGAUCCUGCACGUCACCUGGUGCGAGUUCCGGGCGCGGCUGGCGCAGGUGGGCGACCUGGAGGACAUCCAGCGCGCGCACGCCGAGUACCUGCACAAGGCCGUGUUCCGGGGCCUGCUGACCGAGAAGGCCGCGCCGGUCAUGAACGUCAUCCACAGCAUCUUCAGCCUCGUGCUCAAGUUUCGCAGCCAGCUCAUCUCCCAGCCCUGGGUCCCCGCCGGCGGCCCCCGGGGCGCGGAGCACCCCAACUUCGCCCUCAUGCAGCAGUCCUACAGCACCUUUAAGUACUACUCCCACUUCCUCUUUAAAGUGGUGACCAAGCUGGUGAACCGAGGCUACCAGCCCCACCUGGAGGACUUCCUGCUGCGCAUCAACUUCAACAACUACUAUCAGGACGCCUGAGGCUGCGCGACACAGUUCACGGACAAACGCCGAGGCACCGGCCCUCACUCACCC